AUGAUUGAAUUCAAGAGGUUGUCUCCUCCAACUUUUGAGGGGACUAUUGAGCCUAUGGAAGCAGAAAAAUGGAUCAUUGAGAUGGAGAAAGUAUUUAGAGUUCUUGAAUGCUCAGAGGGUGAGAAAGUGGCUUAUGCAGCUUAUAUGUUGCAUGGAGAUGCUUAUGACUGGUGGCGGCUGGAAGAAGAAAAACGUGGCCAAGAGACUGAGCCUUGGACUUGGGAGCUAUUUAAGUCUGUAUUCUAUGAGAAAUAUUUUCCUAAGAGCAUCCGCUUUCAAAAGGAAAAAGAGUUCAUCAAGCUGACACAAGGUAACAUGACAGUUGCUCAGUAUGAAGCAGAAUUUUCCAGGUUAGCCAAAUUUGCUCCAACAAUGGUGGUGGAUGAAGAAGCUAAGGCUCGAAGGUUUGAAGAUGGAUUAAGGUUUCGAAUUAAGCAAGGAGUUGUGCCCUUUGAGUUGACUACCUUUAGGGCGGUGGUGAGUAAGGCUUUACUAGUGGAGAUGGGGCUUAAUGAGGCUCAAGCAGAUAGAGAUAAUAACCAGAAGAAGAGGCCUAGGCAAGGAGAGCAAAGCUCCAGCUUUCAAGCCAAGAAACAAGGAACACAACGUACUGAUACCAAGGCACUGCCAAAGUGCUCUCGAUGUGGUAGGCCUCAUGCAGAUAAGGAUUGCCACUGGAAUACUGGAGCAUGUUUCUCAUGUGGACAAAGGGGUCACAGGAUUGCUGAGUGUCCCCAGCGGAAGAAGGUUCAGACCACCCCAAGACCAACAACAGGACAGAAUCAGGGAACAAGCCAAAAGCCCAAGAUCCAAGGAAGAGUUUAUGCACUCACUCAAAAAGAUGCUAAUAUUUCUAAUGCUGUGGUAACAGGUAUUAUUCCGGUUUCCACAACUUAUGCUUAUGCAUUGUUUGAUCCUGGUGCCACUCACUCCUUUAUAUCUUCUAAUUUUGCAAAGAAACAUAAUUUUAAAUUUGAGCCUAUGGAGUCUGAAUUAUGUGUGGAUACCCCGGUUGGGGGUGUAGUAGUUACUGAUAGUGUUUGGAAGUCUUGUGUUGUCAAAUUAGCAGAUAGAGAAUUACUAGCAGAUCUAACACUGCUGGAGAUGGGAUUUUGA